CACCCGGCCUCUUUACUUGUACAGGUGGUCUGAAAGUCACUCUGUGUCUGUUCGCUUCCAGAGUUUCAUGGAGAUCCGGUCGGAUGACAGCUGGAACUGUGGUUAUAACUGGAGGAAUUCUCGCAACGGUGAUCCUCCUGUGUAUCAUUGUUGUGCUGUGUUACUGUCGCCUUCAGUAUUAUUGCUGUAAGAAGAAUGGCUCCGAUCCAGAUGCUGUUUGCCCACAACCCCAGUUCGCCUGCAACGCAUGCAGCACGUCCCGUGUGGACGGGGCCGCCUCCACCCCUCUCUCCCUGUCGCCGGAGCCCACGCCACCGCAGAGCUUCUGCCCCACCUGCUCCCCAUACGGCUCUCCAUUUUACAUCCACACCAUGGACGAAACGCGCAACGGGGGCGAACGCAUCACUUACGGCAUGUCCCACUACAACAGCCCGUCCCUGUCUCUCACCCUUCCCUCAUUACACAGUGCGUCAUUGAGCUCUCGAUGCCGACCGGACCUCUACUCUAACACACGUGCCAUAAGCACUGAUGUCUGAUCAGUGACGUCCACCUCAAACACCCCUAAUGUUUCUUCUGUGUAACUGAGCGGCACACACAGAACAGAGUGAAUGGGGACCAAGGACAGCGAGUACUCCGUUUUUACAUCUGUCUAGCAGUUCGUUGAAAUCAAUAAUCAUUUAAUGUUUUAUAGAAAUUGAUACAAAUGCGUUCUUUCUGAAUUUAUUUGACUCUAAUUAAAGGGCGAAUCAUCAUUUACUCACCCUCACGUUGUUCCAAACCUGUAGGAGGUUCUAAAAGAAAACACUUUCUGGUUCCC